CCAAUUAUAGACUUGCCAAAGCUAACAAAAACACCAUGGAAUGCCCAGGUGCCAAACAUGCCCAGCCCGUUAACCUUUGCGCUUGCAUGGCAUCGGAUUGACUUCCCGUACGAUCAGUUGGAACGAUAGAGCGAGUCCGCUCUCUGCCCUCUCUGACAAAAUUUCCGUCAAUGGCUCCCGGGUCUCCAAUGCAGCCGGUGGGACCUUCUGCUCCCUACCUGCGAGGAUCUUCGCCGGUACCAGACCUCUCACUGUCGAGGUUAUCUUCCCAAGAUAGGCUCAAUGGCAUUCUCGAGACCGCUAGAGAACGCGCCGAUACGAUCGGUUCGCAAGCUUCAGGUCGCAGUCCGAGAAUGAGCGUAAACUUCCAGCGUCUGUCGGGGCGCGACGAUGACGAUUGUCCGGACGAGACGACUAGUAUCACAAACGCGCGCGACAACACGCCGAACUACCAGGGCACGCGGAUUUCGCCCAGUCCGAGGAAUAGGCGGCCCGCGCAACAAUCGGGUACCGACAACACCCCGACGAACGCGACGAACGGCACGAACGGCGCAGGUCAUCGCCCGGAUGAGAAGAGCUGGUUAAAGCAUUGCUUUAGCGGCUUGUGGUCGGUAGAGCUGGAGAACAAGGGAAGUGUAGCUAGGGACCACUUAGCCUUGGAACGAACGUUUCUUGCUUGGCUUCGAACAUCACUCUCCUUCGCAUCUAUCGGAAUAGCCAUCACCCAAUUAUUCCGUCUGAAUACUUCGAUAGACACCGGAGACGAUCCCAAUUCCGAAACCAUCCGCCGUAUAGGAAAGCCUCUAGGCGCAACAUUUAUAGGCAUAUCUAUACUAAUUCUGCUGUUGGGGUAUCGCAGAUAUUACCAAGGCCAGCAAUGGGUGAUCAAGGGGAAGUUCCCAGCAUCUAGGGGGACAAUUGUGAUAGUAUCAAUAGUUGCGUGUGCCAUUAUUGUUGUCAGUUUAUUUGUGGUCAUAUUCACACAACCUUCGAGUGUCACAUCUAGGUAGUAGUUAAGCUACACAGCGGGUUGGAAUUUAUGACCAUGAUAAUAAUUGUAUAUGCUGUAAGAUAUAUCUUAUGAAUAGGUACAUAAU